UUAAAAUAUAACCUUAUCUCUACUUAUGUCAAAGAGGGUGUGUUAUUUUAGUUUAUUUUUAAAUUAUUUUGAAUUAGUAAACUAUUGAAGAUGGCUAAAAAUACAUCCAGUUCGGCUUUCAGAAAAAUUGAUGUUGAUCAAUACUCCGAAGAUAAUUUUAAAGAAGAUGACACUGACGCCGGAGCGUCAGUUGGUCCAGAUGAAAAUGAAGUUAAUAGUUUACUUCAAAAAGGAAAACAGUUGGAUGCAUUGAAGGUUGUUCUAAAUAAUGCCCCAUUAGGUAUAAAAAAUCAGCAAAUAAAAGAAAAUGCUUUCAACUUAGCUUUUAAAGUUCUGAUAGCAAUAAAACCAUCUCAAAUAGAAGAAGUAGUUAAUUCUCUAGAUGCAGAUUCACUAGAUACUUUAAUGAAAUAUGUAUACAAGGGAUUUGAAUAUCCUUCAGAGGGAAGUAGUGGACAUUUAUUAUUGUGGCACGAGAAGAUUUAUAAUAUAGCAGGUGUGGGAUGCAUAGUGAGAGUAUUAUCAGAUACAAGAAGGAUAUGAACAUAUGGUUUAAUGCGCUUAUUUCAGUAUGUCACAAUAAACAAGCUACAUUAUUAAUAAACCAUACAUAUUACAAAACUUCCCAUGUCCAAUUAACUAUAUUUAAUUUUAAUAAACUUGAAAAUUAUUGAAA